UCUCCUCCACCGCUAGAUGUCGCGCGCCUCCGGUCUUUUCUCGGCGAAAUUGUCUCGCGCCAAACUUUUCUCUGUUGUGCAUGAGAAUGGCGGCGCGUGCUAAAGCAGGUCGUGGGGCAAAGCGUAAGGCGGACAAGGUUGCAGAGGCCGAGCCUGUGGAAAAGCAGGAGAAAGGAAACGAGGUUGAACAGGAGGGUGAUGAAGGCCUGAGAGUUGUCAUCGAACACUGUAAAAGCUGACGUGUGUAUGGGCGGAAUGCCGACGCGGUGCGUGAGGCACUCUUGGCCUCACGUCCUGAACUUCGUGUGCUGCUCAACCCCCAAAAACCUCGGCGCAACAGCUUUGAAGUCACUCUCAUUGAGGGGAUCAAAGAGGUGGUGUUGUGGACUGGUAUCAAGAAAGGUCCUCCCCGUAAGCUGAAGUUUCCAGACCCUGCUGAGGUUGUGACUGCACUGGAGGAUGCCCUGAAGAACAAGUAGAUAUUGUGAGGAAAGUUCAUCAUCUUGGGUGUCAAGGAUGCAUAAUGAUGAGGAUGGACCAAAUGGAUUACUUCCAGUCUGUUCUCUGAUGACUUGUUUGGCAUCCUGCCCUUGAUUGUUGCUGCCCCCUCAUGAUCAUCUGCUUUACUUUCAUUUUAGUUAACAAACUGGCAUUCUAUAUUCUGUUAAACUGUUAUUUCAGAAGUUUGUGUAAGUGUGUGUGCUUAAUUACUCCAUGGGGAAAUGUUUGAUACAUCUAUUAUAGCCAAAGGUAUGAGGAUCCCUGUCCAUUACACUCUGUAUGCUUGUUGAACACCUUAUUUUAGACUGUUAAGUCCAACGUUUGUAACCUCCACUCCUCUGGAAAAGGCUUUUAAGAUUUUAGAGCAUGGUUCUAGGAGUUUUGUGUUCAUUUAGAAUGUUAGCAAGGUCAGGCAAUGAUGUUUUGUGUCGUAGUUCAGUUCUGGCUCAUCCCAAAGGUGUUCAGUGGGAUUGAGGUCAGCACUCUGGUGCAAGAACCUUCAUCCCCACCAGUAAACCAUGUCUUCUGGGAGCUCGCUUUGUGCAAUGGAUCAUCGUCGUGCUGAAAACGGUUUGGGGUUUGAGUCCUUAAUUCCAGCAGAGGGAAAUUGCAAUGGGAGAGCAUAAUGAGACAUUGUACAUUUUAUGAGCUUUGGAAUUUGCAGCAACAUUUUAAUGAAAGACCCACGUGUGGGUGUGAUGGUCAGGUGUCCACAUAUUUUUGGCAAUAUAGUAUAUAUUUUGGUAUAUUAAAGUAACUGUAGAUCACUAUUCAGUGUGAAUAAAAAUUUGUGUGUAA